UAGUGUUUUCCCACUCCGGUGCUGGCAUCGUUCCCCAGAAGCACAAACGUACACACACACAGAGCUCCCAUUGUUGCAGCCUUCUCCAGCCCACUGAUCCUAAUAUGGAAUUCAGCAGGAAACCCAUGAUUUCCUGACACUCUGCAAGCUGGAGGAAGCAAGAGGAAAACUCCAUUAAAAAGCCUAGCUUUCCUCCAUGUUAGAUGUGAAGUGGAAAAUGGGGAAGAUUUAGCAAAUUUCCUUCAGCCAGGCUGGAGAUGUGGAGAGCAGAGUGAAGCGCUCUGGCUGCUGAAAUUUCUAAACUGCCAGGACACCUCUAGAAUUCUGCGGAAAUGAGGGUUUCCUAGCUCAAACUACAGUGGGAAGGGACAGACCCUUUUCACCAUGCCCCCAAGUGUGCAGCACCUUUCCUCACCAGGAUGGUAAGCGACUGAGCCCACCCUGGCCUGGGCCUUGCCUGGUGAUCUAAGGUAGCCAAAGGAAGGCAGAGCAAACUCUAGCCUGGUGCUCUCUUCGCAUCACUUCACAUGCUUUGGAAGCGGCAGCAGUUACAGCAGCUGGAGCCGCAAGAAUGAACUGCAGAGAGGGAAAUGACAGCAGCUGCAGCUGUGGCGGUAACGACAGUGAGAAGAAGAUGCUGAAGUGUGUGGUGGUCGGGGAUGGUGCUGUGGGGAAAACCUGCCUGCUGAUGAGCUAUGCCAAUGACGCCUUCCCCGAGGAGUACGUGCCCACUGUGUUUGACCACUACGCAGUUACUGUGACAGUGGGAGGCAAGCAGCACUUGCUCGGACUGUAUGACACUGCAGGACAGGAGGAUUACAACCAGUUGAGGCCGCUGUCCUACCCCAACACCGAUGUGUUCUUGAUCUGCUUCUCUGUCGUAAACCCCGCCUCUUACCACAACGUCCAGGAAGAAUGGGUCCCGGAGCUGAAGGACUGCAUGCCUCAUGUACCUUACGUCCUCAUAGGGACCCAGAUUGAUCUCCGAGAUGACCCCAAAACGUUGGCCCGUCUGCUGUAUAUGAAAGAGAAACCUCUCACGUACGAGCAUGGCGUGAAGCUUGCAAAAGCGAUUGGAGCACAGUGCUACUUGGAGUGCUCGGCCCUGACUCAGAAAGGUCUUAAAGCAGUUUUUGAUGAAGCAAUCCUCACCAUUUUCCACCCCAAGAAAAAGAAGAAGUGCUGCUCCGGGUGUCACUGCUGCUGUUCAGUUAUCUGAGGUUGCUCCAGUGCCUCCCUCCACUCCAGCCUGGGAGAGGACGGCAGGCAUCCUCUGCCACCCAGCUGUAGCCAGAAAGGAGGGACUGACAGAGAGGAAGUCCUGCCCCACCCAUGAGCUCUCCUGAACAGCAUCCUAGUCCGCUCACUGCCACGUCCCCCUGCCAGCCCGAAGCAGCCACACUGCAAACUCGAUGCUGAGCUUGGAUCUCAGACAGGCCUGCUGUUGAGCAUGCUGGAAACAAAGUCAAAGGCCAUCUUGCAUUUUACGGCUCCCCUUCCACGAGCGUGGAACUGAUGGAGAUCAUCACGGAAAAACUGAAAGAGGAACUUGGUUCCUGUGUGGGUGGCCUUACUUGAUGUCUUUUACAAAACUUAGGAACACAACACUAACCUUUUUUCCUGAAACUGCUGUUUUCACCCAUGUGUCUUACAUAUAUUUGUGUUAUUUCAAGAAAUCUCCAAUUGACUCAGGUCUUACAAAUCUAUACCAAAGUAGCCUAAAGACAAGGUGAUUCAUGAUCAUUUCAAUUUUUGGCAGGUUUCUACCAAAGUUAUUGGAAACAACAUAUACCUCUGAAUGCCUGAUUAUAAGAUACAAGAAAACUUUUAAGCUUUUGCAAAGCCAUAAUUUACAAAGCCAUAAUUUUUAGCCCGGUUAAAAAAAAAAAUACCAUCUGAAUUAUUACAGGUCCACAUUUUUUGCCAAAGAUUCACUCUACAAAUCUUACAUUGUAGAUAGGCUGCUUUUUUUCAUAUCGUAUUGCCACAGCUAACUAAAAAUGAACUGUAUUUAAGUAGCAUUUCUGCUUUCCAUCCACAUUGAUUGGGGGAAGAAAAUGGCAGAACCCAACUUUCAAAAUAUUCUUCAUUCAGCAAAGUGGGCCCUCCUGCUUCCUCGCUUCCCUCGGCAGCCUUUCCUCUUCCUUGGUUUCUCCCAUGCCCUAUUCCUUUUGUUUCCCUCAAUACAAUAAUAGCCUGACCUAAAAGAAAGAUCUGGGCAUUGGGCAUGACAAAGGAAGAUGUUUCACAAUCCCCCAAAAUCAGGCAAAGUGCCUCACUUUUUGUACUUGCUUUAACUAAAAGAGCUUCUCAGCUUGCCCCAUGUAAGCUCCCAUUCUAAAUGGAACUGGCAUUAAAUUAUUGUACCUCUCUCUUCCUUACUCAUUCUCCCAAAUAUCUGUUUAGGAACUCCAUUUGUAUAGGUAUCAAGCUCUGGGUCCCUUUCCUGAACGAUGCACUACAUACAACAUGAAAGUGGCCCUAGGAAAGGAAAAGCUCCUGAUUAUUUGCCCUUUCUAUAUGAAAAUUCCUUUUAUUUUAUUGCAUAAGUGAAGUUUAUCUUUACAUUUACAAUUAUACCAAGUUUUUCCAGAUUCGAGCUCCCCCUAAUGAGAAGACCAGUCUUUCUAGUCCCUUCUGUUCCUAGAGGAGCCACAUAAUAAAAGAAUUGUAUGCUAUGGGUCUUUUCUCUUAAGACCUUCCAUAAUAACUCUUCUUUGGGAUUCUGUUAUUUAGAAUUUCUGAAAUUUGUUUUCCCUUCUCCUGUAUUUCAAGUACUAUUUCCCUUCUCUCUCAUCUAAUUGCUAAACAUUUUCUUAAACACACACACACACACACACACACACACACACACACAUCUUAAAGGAAACAGGAGUUUUGUUAAGUCAAAGUUUGACAUUUAGAGAAAACAAAGACUUUCUACAUUUGUAAAUGGAAGUCAACCAUGUAUGAACUAUAACUCUGCAGAGGUUAUGAAUUCAUCCUUCACAAACAAUAAUGAGCACUUAGCCCUGUAAUAAAGGAAGUGCUGUUAGCCAGUUCUGUUGCAUUAUUGCAUAGUUACAUCUUGCUAAAGAGCCACUCCUCACUUCUCAUUGAUGUGGAUGAAAAAUGGAAAGCAGUAUGUUGGCUCCAGCAAGAAAAACGUUCCAGAUGUGUGCACUCAACCAGCGAAUCGCUGCCUAGGUCAUCACCUCCCUAAUGGGCCACUAGGAUUAAUUUGUUCGUGGUGGGAAGAGCACUCUCUCACCUAGAACCAAAACCUGCCCAGAGACCAUUAGUGUCUGAACAGAGCAUACUCCAAGAGAUUUUAGGGGCUAAUUACAAAAUAAAAUCACGUAGAACAAAACAACCUGAAUGAGAUCGUGUCAUUCCAGCACAUUAAUCAUUCACUCCCUGUCUUAUGGCAAGAUCUAGUUCAUUUUACUAAAAAGUGUUUUCUGCCAUAAGAUUGAAUAAAAUUAUUUUGAAAUCAAAAAUAAAAAGGCAUAGAAAUCUAGAGAAGGAUCCUUUAAUGGUCCAUACAAUGAGCAGCAACUGAUCUCCACGUGAGGGUAAAAUCUCCACUUUGCAGAGUUAGAAAAGCUAUCAGAAACUAUGGUCCAAUCCUUCACUGUAAACUUGAGAAACUCAGCCUACAUGGGUUAAGAGAGGUGCUGAGGCAGAGCUAGGACAGAUCUCAGGUUUUCUGCUGAAUGUCUUUCAAAUCCAUUCUGUAAGUUCUUCAUUUCUGCGCAUAUUAGCCUGGAGUUUUGUAGGUAUACCAUUGGAAAUCCAAUGUUUAUGCUACAGAUUCCAGCCACAUUUUUAAUAUAUAACUUCACAUAGAUAGCCCACUAUAAAGAAGGUAGUCUAUCAAACUAGUAAUAAACUAGACUACAGAGCAAUAUAAUCCCAAUCUAAUAACUCAAUCAAGUGGCUAGUUUGACUGAUAUUCUUUUUUCACUCAAAUGAUUGGUCACGAGUAAAAUAAGUGAAUGCCCUGGGCUAUUUUGGAAAUAUAAAAGGACUAAGACACAAGUCAAAGCCAUAGCCAUAAUUAGAAAUCUGGGCUGAUUUCUGCCAAGAACAAUUAGACUUGAAGAACAAUUACUGAAAGCAAUAACUACUGCAUCUCUAAACCAGGAAGUGCUAAGUUGAAAAUUCAAAAACUAAGCCACACAUGUAUGACAGGAGAGGGCUUUGAUGCUGAGACAUCCUUUUGAAAGAUUUCUGGUCCAUCGGAGAAGUAGUAAAGGAAGUGGAUAUAACCACAGACAGUUUUCAUUGGACCACCAAUCAAGAAACCAAGCAUACAGCAAAACACAUGCCUGACAAUUCUGGAGACCUGUUAACUUCUGCAUGCUCUCCAGAAACAGGGAAGAAAGGAAGACCGUUGGUGUGAGCAUGCCAUGAUCAGCAGCACAAAUCACUAGAUUAUUUCACCUUAUGAUUUGCUACAAAUAAACAGAAUCCUGGACAAAGCUCUUUGGGUCGUUAGUAGCAGGGAGAGACCUCAUCUUCGCACCUACUCUGCUCAUAUACAGCAGGAAGCCAUAUUUCUUACCAAGAAAUAUGAGUGAAUAAAUAACCUCACAAGUUUCCUUGAGCGUGAAGGUGAUUUAAAACCCGGAAAGGACGAUUUGGAGGUAUCUACAAAGAUCAUUAUUUGGAUGAAUUGUAUUUAUUCAUCUUCAGUGGGAUAGUUCCAGAUAGAAAGAUUUAUUUAAUAUGCAAAAGUACAAUAAUAGAAUGCAAAAGUUUAUAUGCAAAAGCAAUCGUUCAUAGUGUUCCAAUAGUCAGCAAAGACCAGGAGGAAAAUCAGAGCACCAGGCUCUCCACUUAGCAUCACUUCAGCCUUCAGGGGCUCAGCCACACUCUCUGGGGAUCUUCUUGGGUCAGGGAAAGAACGAAUCUGAGGGGGUCUGGCUCAUCUGUGAAAUGCUGGGAUGCAAAUUCAACAACUGCUCGCUUUGAAAUUCCACUACAGGAAAUGAGAGUAAAAGCUUCAUGAUUAAUAUUGGUCCCAAUCUCUUUUUUUUCUCCUUGGAGGAUGUUAUGUAAAAAACUAGGGUCACUUUGUUGUGUGUGUUUCAAAUGUGUUCUGUCCUGAUGGUUUCAUUUUGUUCUAUGAGUUCUGCAAUAGCUCAGAAACUUCUGACACCACAGCUGGAGUAAUUUUUUUUUUUUUUUGUAUUUUAAUCCACGUGCUGCAAGCAUCUCAGUACGUGCCGACGUCCUUGCUGAGCAGGGUCUGAUCAGCGUUAUAGGGAUGUGAAGUCAGGGCACUCUGAGGUUUGUAGGACCCAGACCCAAGUCCUGCUCUGAAGCAUCCUUACCUGGCACACUUAGCCUCUCAGUGACCCUGCACAAACCAGCCUUUUUUUUUUAGUGUAUUUUAGUUCUUUGAGAAAAAAACAAGGGCCGGGGAUUUAGCUCAGUGGCUCUGCUGCCUGCCUCACAAGUGCAAGGACCCGAGUUUGAUCCCUGGUAUCAAAAAAAAAAUAA